UCAGUCAGAGCACCGCAGGAAGUGGUGAGGACAGUGCACGGAAGCAGACUUCCUGCAUGCAUCCGUACUUGUGUUCCUUAUUACUCUUCAGCCUGUCAAGGAAAUAAGUGGUGUGCUAAUAUGUAUCUCGUUUUAAUUUUGUGAUGUGGAUUCAAGGCAGAGAAACAAGGCCCUGCCUGAAGGAAGACUCUUCUGUCAUUGUUUGGCACACCAAGUCCUAAAGCCUACAGUAUUUCACAAAAGAGGAGGAAAGCGGCCAAAUGGUGCGGACUGACUCAAAGGUGACUGAACGCCAAAUGGACGUGGGCACACAAACUGAACCCGUUGUGGUUCUCUCUCUAGCUCAGGCCGCUGUUCUCGGACUCAUUUCCCAAAAUGAAAUUUUCGGGGCCACAAUUGCGCCAAAUGGCUUUUACACAGGAGAGUCCAAAGAGGGUCCACCUCCACCACCGGAAGCAAUGGAGUACGAGUAUGCUGACCAACUAAUAGGUGCCAAUGGGGACUAUCUGCCUGAACCUGUUGGGGAACCGGAGCCUCAAGUUAACGCUAGUCAGAGGAGACAGCCAGGCCCACAUGGGAGGACCAAGAGACCCAGGAGUGAUGUGGAGAUAGUAGCAUCAGAGGUUAAAGGUGAACUGAUUGAGUCGGAUACACCUCCUACUUGCGUUCACUUGAGCAACAAGCUUAGUCCUGCAAAGCAAGAGGAUGGCUUUGCAAACAAACAUGUUUCUAUGAAGCAAGAGCGACUCUGCGGAAACUCUCCUCCUUGUGUGAGAAGAACCCAAGCAGAUGGAGCGCUACCACAGGAACAAGAGGAAAGCUCUGGUCGGAACAGGAAGGAAGAGGGGUCAGAACCAGAAGAGGAGGCUCUAAAUCUUAAGACCAGUCGGGAGACUACUGAACCACCGGAGAACAAAUAUUAUGAACCUAAUGAGGCGGCUUAUGUGUCUGCUGACAUGACACUGCCGGGGGAGUUUGAAGAGAACGGUCAGGCCAUGUUGUGGUCUGAUCCAGAGGGACUCGCUAGGCGGAUGCAGAUAGACCGACUGGACAUCAACGUGCAGAUUGACGAAUCUUACUGCGUGGAUGUGGGUGAAGGGCUAAAACGCUGGAAGUGCCGUAUGUGUGAGAAGUCAUACACAUCCAAAUACAACCUUGUCACUCAUAUCCUGGGCCAUAACGGAAUUAAGCCACAUGAAUGUAUCCACUGCGGGAAGCUCUUCAAGCAGCCGAGCCACCUCCAAACUCAUCUCCUGACCCACCAGGGAACUCGACCUCACAAGUGCACUGUUUGCGAGAAGGCAUUCACGCAGACCAGUCACCUAAAGAGGCACAUGCUGCAACACACUGAUGUUAAGCCCUACAGCUGUCGCUUCUGCGGCCGCGGUUUUGCCUACCCCAGCGAGCUGAGGACCCACGAGAGCAAACACGAGAACGGUCAGUGCCACGUCUGUACGCAGUGUGGCAUGGAGUUUCCCACAUAUGCGCACCUCAAGCGCCACCUGACCAGCCAUCAGGGCCCCACCACGUACCAGUGCACUGAGUGCCACAAGUCAUUCGCUUACCGCAGCCAAUUGCAGAACCACUUGAUGAAGCACCAGAAUGUCCGGCCCUACGUUUGCCCAGAGUGCGGCAUGGAGUUUGUGCAGAUCCACCACCUGCGACAACACGCCCUCACACACAAGGGCAUGAAAGAAUUCAAGUGUGAUGUCUGUGCAAGAGAGUUCACCCUGUCCGCCAACCUAAAGAGACACAUGCUGAUCCAUGCCAGCGUGAGGCCCUUCCAGUGCCACGUCUGCUUCAAGACCUUUGUCCAGAAGCAGACUCUCAAGACGCACAUGAUUGUCCAUUUGCCUGUAAAACCGUUCAAGUGCAAGGUGUGCGGUAAGUCCUUCAACAGAAUGUACAACCUCCUGGGCCACAUGCACCUCCACGCUGGCAGCAAGCCUUUCAAAUGCCCUUACUGCAGCAGCAAGUUCAACCUGAAGGGCAACCUCAGCAGACACAUGAAGGUCAAACACGGCAUCAUGGACAGCACAAUAGAAGGACGGGAGCCGCCUCAAGACGCAGAAGUCCAGGACAGCUAUGAGGAGGAGAGCUUUGAAUUCAGCGAGCGAGAGAACCGGGCAAACAGCAACAACAACAACAACAACAACAACACCACCAACACCGCAGACAUUGCUAAACUGUCUCAAAUGGAGUAUUACAGCACCUAUGGGAAGGGAGCAGGGCGCUGUAGUACUGCAUGACUUAGCUAAAUCAUUUUUUAAAGACCUUGUGUUCUUCAAGCUAAACUGCACAUUCAUAUGCACUGGAAUUGGGAAAACUACUACUUGUCCAGAUACACUCACUGGCUUCAAUUAGGUGCAACUGCAGUGGUGUAGCACUACACGUAGCAAGCUAAAGCAGGGAGGCUCAAUGUGUGGCUCAGUGAGCCUUCCAUCGGAGAAUGUAAAACAACUGGGGCCGCCCCAACUCCCCCAAAAAGUGAUUUUUCUGGAUCAUAUUUUCUGCUGAACCCAGACUUAGUUUACUAGAGGAACUAAAAAUGUAUUCAUUUAGCCUUUGAAAUAACUGAGUUUAACAGGAUUCUUUAUUUCUCUCAAGCUGUUGCGCCUUGAAAACCCUUGAUCUGAAGUCACAAAAAUUACACUGACACCUUUCAGUUCCAUGAGGAUAAUAAAUGUACGUAUGAAAUGGAAGGGACCAAGGCCACCUAGAGGGGGCUAACUUUCUGUACCGAGUAUGUACAGUCGUGGCCAAAGAUUUUGACAAUGACACAAGUGUUGGUUUUCACAAAGUUUACUGCUUCAGCAUUUUUAGAUCUUUUUGUCAGAUGUUCCUAUGUUGCUCCCCAAGCCGGUUGGUUAGAGCUUUGCCUUUGGAAAAGUCAUUGUUCGUCAUUAAGCUGUUCUCGGAUGGUUGGGAGAAGAUGCUUUCAGAAGUUUUUUUGGUACCAUUUUUUUUAUUCAUGGCCGUGUUCUUCUGCAAAAUUGUUACUGAGCCCAACAUCACACAUGAAUGAUCUCAGGUUGAUUUACUGUUGACAUGGCACGUUCUUCUAGUGAUAAGCUUUUUCUGGUUUUACCCCAGUCUUGAGGAGUAAAAUACCUGUAUCUUUUGUAGAAUACCACUCUGCAUCUGAUGUUUUUUCCUGGACAGAAGUGGAUUCUUUGCGCUCUUCUUAACACCAGGCCAUCUUCCAAAAGUAUUCACCUCACUAUUUAAGCAGAUGCAGUCACACCUGCAUGCUACAAUUCCUGAGCAAGCACUGCACUGGUGAUGCCCCAAUGCCGUAGCUAAAUCAACUUUUGGAGACAGUCCUGGCGAUUGCUGGACUUUUCUUGUGCGCCCUGAAACCUACUCCAAAAAAUUGAAUCUCUCCUCUCGAAGUUCUUAAUGAUCUGAAAAUGCUUGUUGUAGGCACAAUCCUUCGAGCAGCAAUACCCUCGCCUAUGAAGCCCUUCUUGUGCGAAGCAAUAAUGACGGCAUGUGUUUCCUUGUAGGCAACCAUGGUUAAGAGAGGAAAAACAAAGAUUUCAAGCCCCACUAUGUUUUUAAAGUUAUUAGUUAUUAUUGGUUAUUGGUUGUUAUUGUCAUUCCAUCAGGAUGACAAGGUCAUCUGUAGCUUUUGUCAAUACUCACCAGUGUUAACCAGAUAACCACUAAUAUGAUGUCAGUUGGUCCUUUUGUGGAUUAAGUUAUGUUUCAUGACAAGACUGACUCUUCAAUUAAUUCUGGAGAAUUAAUUCUGGAGAAUAUGUAAAAUGCGUCAAAACAAAACUGAAGCAGCAGACUUUGUAAAAAUGUAUAUUCGGUAUUGUUGUAACUUUUUGGCCAGGACUGUAAAGUAUGGCCUCCAGAACAUAAUCACACACAGGAACCUUUAGUAAACACUGGUGUUGUGAAGGUGAUGUAGAUGUUCUGACUUCCAAUUCACAAUAUAGGAUCCCCACCCUCCCAGCCAGUUGCAAACACCUUAAUACUUCAGUGACAGUGUCCAUGCAGGUGUAUCUAAUCAACUGUGUUUAUUAUUGUUUAAAAAAAAUGGCAAAUUCUAAGUGCACUACAAGUGUGCCUGCCAACAACAAGGAAAUAUGUAAGGUGUCACUAGUGGCGGUUCUGGCUCAGAUGAAUACUAGUUUUUCUUUACAAAAACAUUUUUGUAUUGAGUUAUACAUUGCCACAAAAAGGCAGUGUACAAAUCCUUCAAGUACAACCCAUUUUCCAACUACAUAAAAUGUACUUAUUUCACAAGCGCAAUCUCCCCUUAAAUUGCAUUUGACUUAAAUCCAUCCUGUCAUGAAAUCAAAUGAACAGCAGUUUGUCUAUAUCCACCAAGUAACGUUAGCUUAUUUGAUCGAAUACAUUUCAUAAUGUGGUGUUGCGAUAGCUCCAUACCUUUAUAUUUUUGUCCGUUUUUCCUCUUAUUUCCAAACUGUACACUUGAUGGCUUUGACUUUUUUUUAUUUCCCAUCUUUUGUUGACACAACAGCACUUUCGUCAUCAUCUCCCACCGUCACCCAACUAGCCGUCAAGACUAAACCAACUCGACUCACAAGUCACAUUUUCGUAGUGAAAUAACAUGUUUGAGAUGCUUAGUCUGCCAUAUAAUUAAUAUUAAGAAUUAAAUGUUUUAUUUUUGAGUAAUUACAGUUGUGAUUUACUCUACCUUGUAAUUUACCUGAAGGCUGAGUUUAGCGCCCCCUCGUUAUACUUUGGUUUAAUCCACAUCACGUGGUGGCCUUUUGCUCACGUUUACCGGCGCGAAUAUCACGCCUGUUGAGGGCGCCCAUCUGCCAUAAAUAUGUGCUGACUUGAGGGUUUGAUAAACGCUGAGCAUUAGUGAAUAAGAAUUUUUGUUAUUUCCCCAGGGGAAUGCUGUCCUGGGCAAUUACUAGAACCGCCACUGGGUGUCACCACAAACAUCAUCUGAGCCAUGUCAUAAAGCACAUUUGAUUAUACAUGCGUCAUACUGCACUGACAUACACAUUGAGACUAUCCUGAUCUCUUGCUAGUAUAUGUAAACUAAUGGAAGAGGUUUGAAAGUGGUUAUUACUCAUUUCACUUGCCAAAGCCUAACUUUGGUUUGUACUGUGAUAAAAUCAAAAUAUCUGCAAAUUGACCUAAUUGCCAAUGGACUUACAAAUCUAUUUUACUGUAUAUUAUUGUACAGAAUGUUAUAAGGACUCAUUGCACUGAUGGUCGCUGUGUCAACUUUUUUUUGGUUUGUGCAUUAACAUGACACCUAUGUGUUGACCUCUUUGAUCCCUGAAUGUCAUUGUUUCACUGACUGUUUAAACGUGCUAUUGGAAAGAGGGAAAACUAAAAACAGGAAAGCCAUGCUACCAAAGAAUCUAAACUCCUCUUGCAGUUCAUGGGCGCUGCCACCGCUGAGAAAGUGGAUUUCUUUAGGUCCAAUUGCAGACUUUGUGAAAUUGCAUUCAUGUUCUCCUCCCGCUCAUUUGUAGUUUCUUCAAAAGAUUACCACAGAGAAAGUGAAGCAGCUUCUCUUUCCUCGUGGCUUCUGCUUUUUACAGAACCAUUGGAAACCUGGCUUUUCCUAAUGAAUGAAUCUCAACAAGGAAACGGCCUAAAAAAAAAAAAAGUUCAGACGGAAAUAUUAAGUGCCCUCGUGUGUGAGGCCCCCACCAUCCAUCAUGUUAUGCACCAGUCUCAAAGUGAUGAACGACAACCUCCCAACAUGUGACAGGGCCACGGACCUUGUGGAAAAUAAUUUGGGAAGCGCGCAAUAUAUUCAGUCUCAGCAGCGUUUAGCUUCUCAAAAAACUCAAGUGCAAUGUUGAUCAUUCAUAAAAAAAAUUUUUUGAAAAAGUUAACGUGGCCUGUCUUUGUUCAUUCUGUAAUUUUUUUGUAAUGAAACCUAAGAGGGCUAUCAUGGCAAAAAUUAUUUAAGAAUAAGAAUGCCUGGAGGAAAAAAAUAGAGUGCACAGCGGUUUGCAGAUGUCUGGCAAAGAAUGGCUUUCCAACUCAAACUUCUUCCUUAAUUAUGUCGCAAAAUAUCACAACAAACCAGAUUUCACCUGGCGCCGGUGUGUCUCAGCAAAGAACUUACUGGACAUCAAAAAGAUAAAAGUUGUCCCUCGUUUAUUGCGGUUAACUGACACUAGUGAGGAUAAGUGGUACAGAAAAUAGAUAGAUGGAUGCUUCCAGAUUCAAACACAAUACAUUCAUUUCCCACAAAGUAGGAUUGAAUAUUUUUAGAUAAGUUAGAGCAUACAUAGACAACCACUUUGACUUUCUAAAUAAGAUUUUCCCCAUUAGAGGCCUGUAGACAUGCAAUAACACCCCGAUAGUCCGCUUUACACUCAUUCUUUGUUGACAACACAUUGCUCAACUGUAAUGCGUAGGCUAUCAAAAGAAAUCACUGCAGGGAGACAAGAGACGGCCGCUGCUUUAAACAUCGCAUUGUCGUAAGCUACCUAGUUAGCCUCCAGUUUGUUUUAUAAAUAUAUAGGGUUUGAGUGGGGAAGUACAAAGUCACCAAUACGGAAUGGGAGAAGUUUUUUCACCAUAAUGUAGGACAUGCUAUGGCUGCCUCAAUGUUGUGCCAAAGUAACAACGUAAUGUUGCGCGGCAAUGUAACAUUACUGUAACCUAGUGACUAAAAUACUACAUCCAAUCCACUUUAUUUGGAUUGGAUUGAUACUACAUAUAAUUUGCCUUUCAACAUGUUUUGACCUGUUUGAAGUUUUCACAAUCUACAAAAGUUAGAAAAAUAAUGCCAAUAGAGAAAAUUAUGCGACAAGUUAUGACUGCAAGUUGUACUUUUCUUCCAUCAUUUGUGUCCUUGGUAUUUUGUAUGUUUUGUAUGCAAAAUAUUACAUGCAAUACUGUUAUGUACUGUACAUAAAUGGUUUGGUUGUCAAAGACCUCCCAAGAUCUAGUAUGGGUCAAACAAAAGGGUUUAUUGGCAAGUACGAUGGAGAUAAGCUGCAGUCUUGCCUCAGGCAUUACACAGUAUUGAAUACAGUACUUCACAUUACAAAAAUAAAACAUUGCAAGACAUUGGACAAAGAUGUUAGGGAGGCAUUGAGUGGUGGGACAAAUCUUAAGCCUUUAAUAACCUAAUAGAAGA